CAUUUGAUUUGGCUGUCAGGCCAGGAAGCCGGGGUGGAGCAGUUACUUUGCAGCAAUUCUGCCGUGUGAUAACAUCCAAGAGAGUUGCAAAAAAAAAAACGGUCGGAAUAGCGUUGUGUUAAUAUUAACAGUGAGCCAAGUAGGACGGCAUCAAACGCUACCGGCCGAUCGGGUCUCGUCAAAAACUUCGCUGGCUGAGGCUCUCCUGACAGCGGCGACGGACGUCGCGCCUGCAGUAGUAGAAGACACGUCCCAGGUGGAUUUUCACACAUUACCGGUCUCCAGAUGAGUCCGCUCCGACAUCUACAGCUGAUCUGCCACCACGUCUGGAGGCGUGCCAACAUCCUGCUGCCAGCGCUGCUGAUCACCGUGCUGCUGAUGGUGCUGCUGCAGGACUAUGACUUCCGGCAGCCGGCGAUGCCGCACUCACCUGACUCAGAACGAGACACAGCAACCUCUAGUCGUCCAGCGAACUCAGCUGUAUUCUCUGACACAAACCCCGGACCAGCAUCCAUCAAAGCCUCUUUAAAUUCUUCAGUACCUGGAGUCAACCAUGACUCAAAUACCAACUCUCCGGCCUCUUCUGAACAGCCCGCCACGACUCUCGACUCCUUGCCACUCUCUGGGCCUGCCUACGGACUCGACAAUUCGCCAGACCCUGACAUCGGCGUAUACGAGCUUCGGGGCUGCAACUGUUCCCGGAAGUACUCCAAAUCCGCCUACCGAACAUUGAACGGCACCCGCUCAAAUUGCGGCAUCACUGCUGACAUUCGCGGUGCGAAGCAGAAUGUCAUCUCCUUCAGUUUCUACGGCAUCGCCUCCAGCGUGUUCUUCCGUGGCAUCGAGGCGAACCUCGCGAAGGUGCCCGAGAUCUACCCCGGAUGGGUGGUUCGGGUGUAUAACGACAUCAACAUGAGUGAACCGCGACAGAGGGAGCUUGUCUGCGAUGUGCAGUGUCGUUACGACAACGUGGACUUCUGUGACGUCCACGACCUGCCAGGACUAGGCGAUCUAAGCAAAAAGUUUGGCAUGAUCUGGCGGUUCAUGCCGUUGGCUGACGGCACCGUGGAGCGGUUCAUCGUUCGCGAUCUGGACUCACUGAUUGGCUGGCGAGAGCGGGCAGCCGUAGACGACUGGAUUGCCUCCAAUCGAACGUUCCACGCCAUGCGGGACGCUCCUGCGCACGGGACAGAAAUUCUGGGAGGAAUGUGGGGUGGCUGGAACCGCUACAACUCUAUCUACAAGCCAGCCCGCGACCGUAUCAUCAAGGUCACCCAGCAGCGGUACAAGGGUCUGGACCAGGACGUACUGACGGCUGUACUGUGGCCCCUGAUCCAGCAACAUCGGGACCUCAUCUCUCACGAUAGCUAUCUCUGCCUCCACUACCCAAUGACGAAGCCAUUCCCCAAACAAAGGGAGAGUCCGUUUGACUUCGUCGGCUCGCCUAGUCUUUUUGUUAAGGGGAUCAGGUUGAAAAAGCAUUGUCCGCGCUCCUGUAGGCCCCCAGAGCACCAGGACUGGGAAUGGUGUUGAUCUGGUGCUGAGGAAAACUCGUAGUGUCAUUGGUGUUAAAGGGACCCUCCCUUAACAUUAGUUUUGAGUUGAGAUAGCCAAAUUGGUGGCCAUGACCUGCAAAUACCGGUUUGGACACUCACAACAUCGAAAAAUGCUUUAAUUCGAAGAUAUGGAAUUUCAAACUUGCAGUUUUCGGAUUCUAAGGGGCUAAUGCAUUGGAAUGCCCCCUUAGAAUUUGUGACGUCAGCGGAGAUCUAACGAUUUUUAAAUCUUAGACUAAAACCAUCGUUAACACGUGGUGGUAUACGCUGCUUUGCGCGCAACGUCUGCCGCACUUUAGGGCUGCCAAAUUAUUGCUUCCAAAUAAAGUCGCUAGUAACAGGGGAGAUCCCAAAAAGUAAACAAAAGUAAAAGCCAAAUAUCUUGAAAACCAGUGAAUAUUUUUCGGUGAAAUUUGGUAGAUAUUCGUUUUCGCUCUUUCUGAACCAAGGGACAUCACUUUCAUGCCAAUUCAUUAACUUUUUUGAAGGUGGGAGGGUCCCUUUAACUUGGUGCUCCGGAGCUGGCAGUGGUGUGACUUGGUGUACCGUAAAGACUGGAGUAGUGCUACCCAAGACUGGUGCUGAACUGGUGCACCGUUUUGACUCGCAGUAGUGCUGGUCUGGUACUGGUGUCAUACAGCUGGAAGUGGUGCUGGUCGUCCGCGGGCGCCGGGCAGUACCAAAAACGUUCAGUAGUGUCCAAGAUACCGUGCUAGAACCCCCAGCUCGCUGCUACGGACACUUCACCCCGAAUGCAUAUAUCCGCCAGAAUGGAUGUUAGAUAAAAUGGAACAAACGUGUGGUGGA